AGGAUCGGUAAAUAGUAUACAUUUUGGGCUAAAUCCAUGAAUACUGUGUAUUAAUUUGAAAUGUUAAAUAACCGCCACCCUAGAAACAACUUCCGUUGACGUCACUGCAACCAGCCAAUCGGAGCCCAGACGUUGUUUCGGUGCAGAUUUCAAACCCGUCGAGUGGACAAACGAACUACAACCGUAGAAACUUCUUAGUUAGGACCGCUUCGUCGUUAAGGGAGGCUGUUUUCUAUUUUUGUUUUGAGUCUGUAGUGGAAACAUGAGAGUGAGUGAAGUCCACGCAGCAGAGUCUGUUGCUUAUCUCAACAGAGCUCUGGUCAGACUGCAGGAUAUUUGGGAUGAAAUCGGUAUUCCAGAGGAACAGCGCCUACAGAGAACCAACGAGGUCCACAAGCACAUUAAAGGGCUGUUGGACCUGAUGAUUGCUGAGGAAGAGGAGCUGAAGAAGAGAUUAAUGAAAAACAUUCAGGCAUUUCUUGAUGAGCUAAAAACGUUGUGUCGGGAACUCCAGCUGCCCCCCUUUGAGGAGGAAGAGGGCUGCACCAUGCUGCAGACUGAUAAGAAUAGCCGCACACGUUUGGAGUUGAUGAAGGAGCACAAGAGGCAAAGAAUGGAAGAGCUGAAGGGCCUCGUUGGCAAAGACCGCGAGCUGUGUGACAUAAUGUGCACUACUCCAUUUGGUAUUGACCAGGACGCCAUCCCAUCACUGAAGCAGCUUGAAGAAUAUCGUGCCUACCUGGAUGCUCUGACCAAAGAGAAGGAAAGUCGUCAUGAGGAAUUUGUGAGCCUCAAAAAGGAUAUCACCAUCUGCAUGGGUGAUCUGGAGCGGCACCCAGAGACCAGUUUUGAGAUGGAUGUGAUGUGUGAGGAUGAGGAUGCAUUUUGUCUCUCAAAUGACAACAUUUCUGCUCUUAAACUGCUCCUCAGUCAGCUACAAGAAAGCAAGACUGAGAACGAGCUCCGCUGUUCAUCUUUCCGCAUCGCAAUCAAGGAGCUGUGGGAAAGACUUCAGAUUCCCCAAGAGGAGAGGGAGCACAUCUCUGAGCAUAUGGUCCUGUCAAAGAAGAGAAACGUUGAGGCACUUCAAGCUGAGGUCCAGCGUCUGGAGGUGCUGAAGAUGCAGAGCAUGAAAAGUUUUAUUGAGGCCAUCAGAGCUGAGAUCGCCCUCUUCUGGGAGAAAUGCUUCUACAGCCAAGAACAGCAGCAUGCAUUUUUUUCAUAUCAUGAUGAUGAUUACACAGAAGACAUUCUCCACCUGCACGAGGCAGAGGUCCAGACCCUGAAGAAGUAUUACGAGGACCACAGAGAACUCUUUCAGGCAGUCAUGAAAUGGCGGGAGAACUGGACCUUGUACUUGGAACUUGACAAAAAGGCCAACGACCCGGCAAGAUUCAACAACAGAGGUGGGAACCUGCUGAAAGAGGAGAAGCAGAGGGCCGACCUGCAGAAGAGCUUGCCUAAGCUGGAAAAAAGUCUUAAAGCCCAAAUUGAUGCUUGGGAGCAGGAGCAUGGCAAGGAGUUCCUGGUCAAUGGACAGAAAUUCCUUGAGUACGUGCAGCAGCAGUGGGACCAGCACCAGGCUGAAAAGGAGAAGGAAAAACUGGAGAGGCAAAUGAAGAAAACCAAACAGAUACAGGAGGACAUGUUAUAUGGAACUGCAAUGAGAACACCAUCCAAAAGGCGGCUAGCAGGAACUCUGACGCCUGGAAAAGUGCGAAAGCUCAACGGCACCUCGACCAUGUCCACCCCUAACAGCUUCCUUAGUUCAGGCCUCGGUGGAACCAUGUGCCAGUUGUCCAUCUCCAAACCACCUUUGUCAGCCAGCAGGGGUCCCAGCCUGCGAACCCCUGGACAUGGAAAGACUCCCCGUGCCCUAGACCGGAACAAGGAAAACAUCUCUCAUCUGAGAAACACUCCAGGAAGCACACUAAGGUCUCAGGAUAUUCAAGAAAACACCAUCAUUGCUGGCUCCUAUUCCGACUUUGCGAGAGACCUCUCGGAGGCUUCUAAGUCGAACAUAAAGUUGAACUCGACUGUCAGCCAUCAGUGAGGAGUCACAGGAGGUGCACAUCACCUCUAUACGGCAAUGAGGUGUUUUCUAAAGAGGACAAGAGGGAACCUUAAUGUAAACUUCUUACAAAAAAAUGUAAAUAUCUUUCUCUGUGACUGUCGUUUCUCUCUGCUUUGUGUGUUUGGGGUCAGGCUCAUGGUAUUUGUACUAUUAUUGGCUAUUAAUCUUAUGUUUUUCUUUCAGGGGUUACAUACUUUUUAAAAUAAAACGCUGUUAACUCUAUCUAGGGCACCACUUGGUUUUAGAACUGUUGCAGCUAGCCAAUACAACACAAUUUUUAUUUCUCCAGCUGGGAUGACAGCUAAAUCUUUUUUUAAAUAAACCUGUAAAUAAACCUAUCUGAAACCAC